AUGCGUGCCCUGGUCAGCCGCCGCGGCCCGGACGGAGGCGGCUGCUCCGUGCCCGGGACCGUUCCCGGCCGUGCGGCACCGGGCUCGGGGCCGCUGCCCGGGCGGGAGGUGUCCGUGCCCGGCUCGGGGCUGGCACGGCAUGAACUUGAACGUGCCUCAGAGCCCCAAGCGCUGCAGGCGCCGAGGUGCCAUCAGCGCGGCUGUAAAGCUGUUCCCGAGGCCGAGCUCCGAAAGGAUCUGCCAGCAGCACUCCUGAUGUCUCCAAGGCAAGGUGCUAUUUGUUCCAGGCAGAGAAAUGCUGCCUGUGAGCUGGAGGAGAGUGAACUCUGCUCCAUUCAUGGAGUUGCGAAUGAGCCCCAGCAUCUCCAGCAGGCACCAGCAGCCGCGGUUCCGCACCUGCCUGGGGCGCAAGAAGCCUCUUGGCAUCAGCAGGGGGAUGCCACUUGUGAGCGUGCAGUGAGUGCAGAUGUGGAGAAUGGAUUCUGCACCAGUGAUGGGAGUGUGAGGGAGCCCCUGGCUCCCCAGGGCACAGCAGCAACACACAAAGAACACAAAAGGAUCCUCAGAAGAUCCCUGGGUGAACGGUUCAGGUGCCAUCCCGUGGGCACGGCGGUGCUGAUUCUGCUGCUCCUGGUGCUGGUGCUGGCUUUGGGGGCGGCCUUGGCUGUGCAGUCAGCAGCACCACAGGUUCCAGGUACACCUGCGACUCCACUGUUGGUUCUGGGCUGUCCAAAUGGCUGGGUUGGGUACAAUGGGGUCUGCUACUACUUCUCAAGGGAUUACAGCACCUGGGAUCAGGGCCAGGAACGGUGCUCCGAGCUCGGGGCCUCCCUGGCCAUUGCCCAGGAUGAGGAGGCCAUGGAUUUGCUCUUCCUCCUCCGCGGGAACGGCGAUUUCUGGCUCGGGCUGCGCAGACGGGGCGAGCGCCUGCACUGGGGGGACGGCAGCAGCUACAGCUCCCGGGUUCCCGUCUUUGGCAAUUCCCAGUGCGUGUACCUGGCUGACGAGAGAUUGAAGAGUGACAACUGCUCCAGUGAGCGGCCGUAUCUCUGCAGCAAGGCCCAAGCUCCCCUGUAACAGGGGCUGCACAAAGCACCUUCUCCACGCUGGGCAGUGCCAGCUUCACCUCUGAGCCCAGCACGGGGCUGUCCUUCCUCAGCUGCACCCUGUGCCUUGCACUUCCUCUCAGGCUCACCUCAGGGCCUCUUCAUCCCCAGUGCCAGCGCUGGGCUGGGGCUGCAAAGGAAAAGUCUCUGCAAUCCAUCCUGCCCCCGAUGCUGCCUGCAGUGAGUGCGUUGCCCUCAGGACACAAUGAGCUCCAAUGGGAAAUCCAAAUGUGCCUGGCCUCUUGGAAAUCAUCACCAACUGGCCUGAAUGUGGCAAUUCUGAACUGUCCUUGGAAGAGGAGGAAGAGCAGCUAACACAUGCUUAGGAGGAAUCUCACUUUGUGCAUCAGGCACCUGACUGUGGAGAAUAGUCUGUUGUCUGUCUAUCUGUCUGUCUGCUGUCAAAGAUUUGACUGUCCUCCUGUGGGAGGAAUCCUAGGUUUGAGCAAGACAUGGAUUUGUCUCUCGGAAGGAGAAGCAGUGACAUGGCGUGACUGUAACCCCCAUGCCUCGAUGCCACUUCGUGGGGAGGAGGGAGGGAACUGGGGACAAAGUGAAGCCCAGGAAGGAGAGAACAG